CAAAUUGAAUUGAGAAAAAAAAAAUCACAACAAACCCACGUGGGAUAUAACGGAAGUGACGUCACGUAUCAACCCGGAAACCGGCACAAACAACAGGCUUUCUUUGAGUCACUCAGCUACAGAUCUAUCGACCAGGAUCAUCGUGAACAUAAUGGCCGCGGAUUGGUUGGGUAACGUUGUGUCUAUAAACUGUGGGCUGACGUUGGGAGUUUAUCAGGGAGAGGUGUCGUCUGUUGAUCACGCCAGCCAGACCAUCUCACUGAGACAGCCCUAUCACAACGGGGUCAAAUGUCCUCUCCCAGAGGUCACUUUCAGUGCCAUGGAUAUCAAGGAGCUGAAGUUCCUAGAUAUCCAGAAAACAGUCAACAAGCCCGGCUCUGGUCAGGGAGCUGCAACAGAGCCCAGCUUCAUACCUUCAGCACGCCACAGUCAGAGUAACAGAGUCACUCAGCCUCUUGUAACAAGCAGCAGCUCUCAGUCCAGCACUGCUCCAAUCACCAUCCUACGCAGAGCCCCUGCAGGUUCAUCUAACGGCAGAGGAGCGAGCCAGGCCACACAAAAGAAAAACAGUGUGAGGAAUGGAGGCACUGCUGGAGGGCCGACGAAGACAAAGGAUGACGAGUGCUUCGGAGGCGGGACCGAUGACAACAUGGACGCAGACUUCGACUUUGAGGGAAACCUGGCUCUGUUCGACAAAGUUGCCGUCUUCUCCAAGAUUGAGAAGGGCGGCAGGGCGCAGCAUCCCAGCACACAGGGAGCAGAGCAGAAGCCCCUGUCCUAUCGCCAUGAUCAGAAUAUCCUGGAGGUGAAACCCGUCAUAUACCGACAGAUAACAGUGCCCCAGCAUGGAGGCAAAGAGUACUGUACCGAUUCAGGCUUGGUGGUUCCCAGCGUGACCUAUGAGCUCCAUAAGCGUCUACUAGCGGCUGCAGAGCGCUGGGGCCUGUCUCUUGAGCGCCGGCUGGAGAUGAUCGGUGUGUGUUCCAGUCAGAUGGCUCUCACUCUGCUGGGCGGACCAAACAGACUCACCCCAAAAAAUGUCCACCAGAGGCCCACUGUGGUCCUCCUGUGUGGGCCACACAUCCAGGGAGCCCAAGGCAUCAGCUGCGCUAGACACUUGGCCAACCGCGAAGUGGAGGUCAUCCUGUUCCUGCCCAAUUUUGUCAAGAUGCAGGAGUCGGUCACCAGCGAGGUCCAGCUCUACAGCAGGACAAGCAGCAAGCAAGUGGCCAGCAUCAAAGAACUGCCAACAAGCCCCGUUGAUCUGGUCAUCAACUGCCUCGAUUGUCACGAGAACCCACUGCUGAGGGAGCAGUCCUGGUACCAAUCAGCCGCCGACUGGGCCAACCAGAACCGGGCUCCAGUCCUGAGUAUCGAUCCCGGGAUCAGCGGUCAGCAUCAGACUGUCGAGGCCAAGUGGACCCUCUCUUUGGGCCUUCCUUUACCUUUAGCUGAGACGGAGAGCAGGGUCUACCUCUGUGACAUCGGUAUCCCUAAAUCAGUUUUCCAGGAAGUUGGAAUCGACUACCGCUCACCCUUUGGAUGUAAAUUUGUCAUCCCGUUGCACACGCCGUGACGGAGCACCCACUGACAUUGCACUUAAUGGACAAUAGGAGGGAAUGGUCUGCUUUUCCACAGUGGGUAAAGGUACUGUUGUGUUUGUGGCAAUAGCUGAAGAUAAGGUAAACUAUGUUUUGUUACAAAGUGUACAUAACGUCAUGACACGUCUGAAGGCAUACGGUUUAGGGUCUUUCCUCUCUAUCCCGCUGGAAACUCCCGGUGGUUGCCGCGCGUUGCGUGCGACACCUCUUGUUUUCGAGAGGGAAAGGUUUCCUGUUCUUCGGUGUGUUUUGAUAAGGGCUCUGUGACUAUGUGAAUAUGUUUACAAAAUGCUGACCACUGUGAGUCUAUCUGUGACCUCUGAUCCUGUGACCAGUCAGAGCAGCAGAGACACAGUUCCUGUUUCCUCCUUUUAGAUUGCAUGUGGAGUCCGGUCCUGACCCCGUGACCCUCGUGCACAGCUCAGCCUAAAGCCGUCUGCCAACCCAAACCUGCCAUUCAUCUGACCCACAGUCCACGUCCAUUGUCUUUCAAUGUAAUGCAAUUUUGUACUCACUCAAACGGGUGUGUUUUGUCUAGUAAUAGUUGUAGCAUGUUUCACUGAAAAGGGGAUAUUACACAGAAUCUAUAUUUGUAUUUAUUUUUGGAAUACAUCUCAGGACAGUGUUUGAAAAAUGUAAAAACUUUAUAUUUGCAUUUACAUUACAUCCAAUAGCACUCUUCUUGCGCUGUCGGGUGUUUUGAGUUUAUGACUACUGACACUGAAAAUGAAAAGUGGUAGCAGGCACCCCUGAGGAUUAAUUUUCUGUAUUUCUGAAGUCUUGCAGAUUAGGCAGGAUUUUGAAGCACACAUUCCAAGGACCAAAAUCAUCUUGGACCAGGUUAAUCUCUAGGGCUCAGAGCUAGUUAGGUGUAGUGAAACCUAAUUAUUAUUUUCCAUUUUAGAUUCAGCCACCUUCAGUGAAGCAACCACUUCCUGUCUUUUGGUCAACACAGUGAACUCCUGUUAAAAGCUCAGAUCAGCAAACUGCAAAAUGAAAACAACCUUAUUUUUAGACUGGCAGCUAUGCACUUUUGAAAUUAUGCUGAUAGCUUUUUUUAAGAGCGCUUAAGUCCUUGCGUCAUGAACUUCUUUUC